AUGGGAGAAGAAGCUUCUGGAGAGUUGCAGACAGAAGGAUUCACCCUAAUGGAGGAGAGAGGGGAGAAGGAGAGAGGCAUCAUAGGAGAAGAGCAAGAGGAUGAGGGCAAAACUAAAGGAUACCAAAACAACGAGACGUCCCCAACGGAGAAGGACAACCGCGUGGACCUGCAUAAAGACACACAGGAGAAUGGCAAAGAAACCGGAAUGGAGGUUGGAGAGCCUGAAAACGGGACAGAGCUGGAGGCGGAGGUGAGAGUGGAGCUCUUCCAGUCCGGCCCGGACCUGCAGACCAGCUACAUCCAGGGCUCGGACCUGUUCGGGUAUGUGGGCAUCGAGGCGGUUCUGGACCAGAUGAGGCACAAGACCAUGAAGGCUGGCUUUGAGUUCAACAUCAUGGUGGUUGGUCAGAGCGGUCUGGGCAAGUCCACUCUGGUCAACACUCUGUUCAAGUCCAAAGUCAGCCGGAAGUCCUGCACGCCCAGUUAUGAGGAAAAGAUAUCCAAAACCGUCAAGCUGCACACCGUCAGUCAUGUAAUUGAGGAAAAGGGGGUAAAGAUGAAGCUGACGGUGAUUGACACGCCAGGGUUUGGAGACCAGAUCAACAAUGAGAACUGCUGGGAGCCGAUAGUCAAAUAUGUCAACGAGCAGUACGAGAAAUAUUUGAGAGAGGAGCUGAACGUGAACCGGAAGAGGAGGAUCCCCGACAGCAGAGUGCACUGCUGCAUCUACUUCCUGCCCGCCACUGGACACACACUGCGCCCCAUAGAUAUCGAGUUCAUGAAGAGGUUGGGGAAGAUAGUGAGUAUUGUGCCCGUCAUCGCAAAGGCCGACACGCUCACAGUGGAGGAGAGGCAGGAGUUCAAAGAGAGGAUAAGGCAGGACUUGGCCGCCAACGGAAUACGUGUUUACCCCCAGAAAGAGUAUGAUGAGGAUCCAGAGGAACGCAUGCUCAAUGACCGGAUCAGGGAGAGCAUCCCCUUCGCCGUGGUGGGAACCGACAAGGAGCACCAGGUGAACGGAAACAAAGUGCUGGGCCGGAAAACUAAGUGGGGGAUCGUUGAAGUUGAAAAUGUGGCCCAUUGUGAAUUUGCCAACCUGAGAGAUCUGCUGAUCCGGUCCCACCUGCAGGACCUGAAGGACGUGACCCACGACAUCCACUAUGAGAGCUACCGCGUGCAGCGGCUCAACGAGAGCAACAUGAACUUCAGCGAGCUGGUUCUGUCCGCCUGGCCGCUGGAGAACGGGACUGACAAAUGCGAAACGGAGAGCCACCUCUGA